CAACCCAGAGUCGCGUAUAAAACCGUGUCCCUUUGCAUUGUUGAGGCACAGUUUGCAAACAGUCCUGGUUGAGUACCACCAAGGAGGUUUCAAAGCACUCAAUAGCUCCGGUCAAGUGUUCUAAGAACCAACAGAAAAUUUCAAAAUGAAAGUCUUCAUCGUAGGAUCCGUUCUGCUGCUGGCUUCGGCCGCUUCCGCUUCGUACUGGAACUACGUUCCGGCCGACACCCCGGAGGUUGCGCACGCCAAGGCUCAGCAUUUGGCCGCUCACCAGGCCGCCCGUGGACUGCACGGUGCCGGACCGAUUGACACCCCCGAAGUUCAGCAUGCCAAGGCCCAGCACUUUGCUGCUCAUGCCGCUGCCCGUGCCGGACAUUCCAUCCCUCAUCCGGCUCCGGCUUGGCAUGCCGCUCCAGCUGUUCAUGCUCACGCUUGGCACGGUGCCGGAGCAUGGCACGGACCUCAGCACAUUCCGGUGAUCCACAAUGGAGUGCCGGUUGAAACCCCGGAAGUUCAGCACGCCAAGGCCGCCCAUCUGGCUGCUCUGCACGCCGCCGGUGCCGGAUCGCACUGGUCCCCAGCCGGACACGAAGAUGAUGGUUCCUACAAGCCCCACUGGGACGCUCACAAUUACUAUGAUUGCAUAAUGAGAGCCUUCGUACUAGGUUCGGUGCUGCUGUUGGUCACUGCCUGUUCCGGAUCAUACCUGGGACAUGCCGUGUCAUCGCAGUAUCAAUCUCACGAUGGCAUCGGUGGAUACUCGUACGGUUAUGCGGAUCCAAACUCGCAGAAACACGAAUCCAAGGAUGCCCACGGAGUGACCCACGGUGGCUACUCGUACGUGGACGGAGAUGGUCACGUGCAGUCCGUUAAAUACACCGCCGAUCCGAUUCACGGUUUCCAAGUUGUGGGAACUAAUCUACCGAAGGGACCAGCUCCGGUUGGUGGUCACGAGAUUGCUUCCUAUGGUCACUAUGCGUCACCGUGGGCCUACCAGCAUGUCGCGCUCGAUCAUGAUGGAUCUCCGAUUGAAACUCCGGAAGUGCAGGCCGCCAAGGCUGCCCACUUUGCGGCACAUGCCGAAGCCAGAGCUAGACUGCACAAGCGUUCGAUCUAUGCUGCUCCCUGGAAUCACGUCCCGGUGGAUACGCCGGAAGUUUCUGCUGCCAAAUCGGCUCACUUUGCUGCCCAUGCCGCUGCCAAGUCUGGUUAUGGUCCAGUAGCCCCGGUUGCUCACUGGGAUCACCAUGAACUGGCCCAGAAACCUUGGCACGGACCUAUCCACAUCCCGGUCAUCCACAAGGGAGUUCCCGUGGAAACUCCGGAGGUUCAGCACGCUAAGCUCGCCCAUGCUGCAGCCCAUGCCAAACUGCAGGGUUAUGAUCAUCAGGCUAUUCACGAACAUCAGCCAGCUGGGGAUUACGAGGAGCAACAUCACGCUCCUUCGUACGGUGCUUGGCAUGGACCCCUACACUUCCCGGUGAUUCACAAUGGUGUCCCCGUGGAAACACCCGAAGUUCAACAUGCGAAGGCCGCCCAUCUGCAUGCUCUGGCCAGUGCUAGUGCUCACUCCGGAGCACAUUGGGACCAGGGCAAGGAAGACGACGGUUCCUACGAUCCCAAGUGGGAAGCCGAGAGCUACGCCUAAUCGCAAAGUGGGAAUACAGCGUCCAACCCAAGAGAAUGCCAAACCAUACCUAGAACCUAACAACAACAAAAGAAAAAUACUCGUCAAACCAACCCCCUCGAUUCACGUUUCAUAGCUAUUACUAUUGAGUGCUGGUACUGGAAGGAAACAUCGGAACUGUCCGGAAAUGUUCGGAAGAGUGGUUCCCGGAAGGAACCAGCUUCCGAAACACUCUCGAAUGUCUGGAAUAUGUGUCAUCGAAGCUGGCAGUACUCUCUCUCGCUAUGAAAAUGUGGUGUAAAUACCUCUAGCAUUGUGUAAUUAAAUUGUUAUAUUGAUACAAAGCAUUACUUAAAAAGUAGAACCAGAA